GCCUCCAACCUCUCUCCUACACAGGUCUUUCUCCAAACCUCUCUCUGUCAUAACUCAUGCCAUUUCAGCCCCAAGCUCUUCUCCUCUCUUUUUCCUUUCUUCUCCUAUACAAAUAUCUAUACAUAGUAAUAUACACACAUCUCAUAUUUCUUUUUCCAAAUUAUAUGCGACCCAUUUACAUAUUUAAAGAUUACUAUAGAAUAUUCAUAUUUAACAUAUUAAUACCCUUUUGAGCUUUAGUUUAGAACCUGAAAUCUUGUUAUUUCAGUCUCUGCAGCUCCCAGUAAAGGGAAGCAUUUGGAUGGAAUGACUUGCUGGAAUUGCAUGUCCAAAGUUUGACAAAUUUCAGCAUAGAAUGUGGCAUAGAAGGUUUAAGAUGGAUAUUUUUAGGUUGCUUCUUGCUAAAUCUUGUCCUGAUUUUCACAUUGGCUUCACCAAACUUGAUUUUUGGUUAUUGUGGUAAGAUGCACAAUCUCCAUUUAAUUUUCCUAGAAAAAGAAUACCACAAAAUAUUGGUUGCAUAUAGAAGAGGUAAAGUCUACGUAAACUCUACCCUCCUCAAACCCUACUAGUAAAAUUACACUGGUUGUUGUUGUUACGUAGAAAAUUUCAUAUUGUUCUGAAUGAGUAAUAUGUCAAAAGAAUUCUGGUUCAAGUCCUAAUAAUAUAAAAGUAGUGGAGUUCAGAAAUCUUAUUUACUUCAAUUUCCUUCUGAAAUUAGAAUUUGCAUGAAUAUAAUCUAGUUGAGAUACUGUUUGUUUCCCCUGGCUAGUUAAUGCCUAACGUUAAUUAAGAAGCAAUUACAAAUAUGCUAGUCAUAGUGUAUGUGAUAUUAGUCAUUGAUUAUGAUUUGAUAUAUUUUAGUUACUUAAUUCAUAUCUAAUUAGGUUUUAUAGUCAAAAUAAUAUAAUCUAUGUUAGAAGAUUAACCUCAAAGUUGGAUUAGGAAACCUAAAUUAUUUAGUAAUUUGAUAUAUGUUACAGUUAUCCAAUUCAUAUCUACUUAGGUUUUGUAGUCAAAAUAAUAUAAGAAUAGGUUUUUAAGUAGUCAAACUAGUUUUGCACUAUUAUAAAUAGGAGUGUUACUACGUAUUUUCUUGUAUGAAAAAUUGUGGAGAAUAUUACUUUAGCAUUGCUAGACCUCUCUUUAGAUACUGAAUUGCUCUUAGACGGAGUAACAAAAUAAUAUAAACAGAGUCCCUUUUUGUUCUUUCCUAACUCAUCUGAAAAUUAUGCAGACUAUAGAAGUUUUGAACAAUGAGGAGAUAAUGUUUGGCAAACUUCUGCCGUGUUAUCGCAUGGCCCCAAGACAGUCCCGCCUCAGCUCCAGACGAUCUCGUAAAAAAAUCCUUUUUAUCGCGCUUUUGAUACUUCUGCCGAUUUUGUUCUUUGGUGUUUACCUCCACGGCCACAAAAUCUCCUAUUUUUUCCGUCCGCUGUGGGACAAACCUCCACCUCCGUUUGAUCAUUUGCCACAUUAUUAUGCUGAAAAUGUUUCGAUGGAUAAUCUUUGUCGCCUACAUGGAUGGACCCUGCGUUCUGAACCACGUCGUGUAUUUGAUGGGAUCAUAUUCAGCAACGAGUUAGACUUGCUCGAAGUAAGGUGGCGCGAGCUCUAUCCAUAUGUUACAAAAUUUGUGAUCUUGGAAGCCAAUACUACUUUUACUGGAAUCCCAAAACCAUUGUACUUCUCUGAUCAUCGCGAACGAUUUGCCUUUGCUGAGGAAAAGAUAGUACACGGUGUAUUUCCUGGCCGUGUUGCGUCCCCUGGUUCACACGAAGAUCCUUUUAAACUAGAAGCACAGCAGCGUAUCGCCAUGAACAGGUUACUUAAAGUUGCUGGUAUUGCUGAUGGCGACCUUCUCAUUAUGUCGGACACGGAUGAAAUCCCGAGCCAACACACUAUUAAAUUGCUGCAGUGGUGCGAUGGGGUUCCUCCCGUCCUGCACCUUGAGCUCAGACAUUACAUGUAUUCCUUUGAGUUCCCUGUUGAUUAUAGUAGUUGGCGCGCUACUAUUCACAUUUACAACAGGUGGACUCAGUACAGACAUUCGCGCCAAACGGAUGUUAUACUUUCUGAUGCAGGGUGGCAUUGUAGCUUCUGCUUUCGGCAUCUGCAAGAUUUUGUGUUAAAAAUGACUGGUUAUAGUCACGCGGAUAGAGUGCGACGUAAAAACUUCCUAAAACAUUCUAGAAUUCAGAAGCUUAUUUGUGAGGGAGCUGAUCUUUAUGAUAUGUUACCUGAGGAGUAUUCUUUCCAAGAAUUGAUCAAGAAAAUGGGAUCAAUACCUCGCUCAGCAUCCGCGGUUCACCUUCCUACAUAUGUCAUUGAAAAUGCAGAUGAGUUUCGAUUCCUUCUCCCCGGAGGUUGUCAACGAUCACCACGAUGAUUCUCUUCAUUUGUCAAUUUUUUUUGCUUAGAAUUUUCAAUUGUAUAAGGGAUAGUUAUUGAUGUUUUUUUCCAUAAAAUUUGCAGAAGAUGGUUUAGCUGUUGUUAGUAGAGUUUUGUCCGUUGAGAAAAUAGGUUCUCUUACCUUUUGCUAAGUAUGUAUACAUAUUUUAAAUCAAUAAUUGUCAAAUGAAAGCAUUGUUGUUAACUGCUCUAGCUUUGUGCUGGAGGGGAGUCCUGGAGCAACGGUAAAGUUAUUUUCGUAUGACAUAUAGGUGACGGAUCCGAGCCAUGGAAGCAACCAUUAACACUUGCAUUAGGCAACUUGGAACUGCACCCAAAAAAAAGGCAGCCCGGUGCACUAAGUUUUUGCUAUGCGCGUUGUUCGGGGAAGAGCCGAACCACAAGGGCCUAUUGUAUGCAGUUUUACUCUGCAUUUCUGUAAGGGGCUGUUUCCGCGACUCAACCCACACUCUCACUUUUUUAGGACAAAAAAUUACUCUCAAGAUGCAAAGUGUGUUUCGGAUCUAGAAAAAGGGUUGGAACAAAUGGAGAAAAAGGAGAAAGGGUAAGAAAAAAAAGUGUAGGUAAGAUUCUCCGGAAAGAGAGCAGAAUCAUUUUACUUUCCCUUUAUGCAUUUCUCCUUGCCCCUCUUUGAACUCUUUUGGCAUGAUUAAAGUGAACAGAAAUUGAGGUUUUCCUUUAAUUGAUGAUCCUUUUUUA